AUGCUUCGCACAACAGCAGCCACGCGCUCUCUCCUAAAGAGCUUCACAAAACUUCCCAUCUCACGAGCAAGCUAUUCUCAAACCUUCAUAACCCUCAAAAAUACCUCUCCCCACCGCACAUCAAUUUCUAAACGAUCUUCAAUACUUCUCUCUUCCUCCCGCCUCUUUUACGCUACCAAACCCGAACCCCCAUACAUACCAGACAAGAUAAACUUCAAGGAGGAAGCAGCCAUCAGCAAACAAGAGAUCGAAGCACAUCCCGAAGCAGUAUCAUCCACAUCCUCCGUGCGUCCCGUAUUUGAACAACAAGCACAUCAAGAAGGUCAUGGAUCUGUCAAAGAUGAUUUGGAAACUAUCAAGGAAACAUUUGCUCUGCGAGAGGUUCCUAGGGAAUCUCUAAUCAUCGGUGCUGCGGGUGUCUUGCCUUAUGCCGCUACAUCGGCUUCUACCGUGUAUUUGGCUUAUGAUAUAAAUCAUGCCCAUGCUACUGGACAGGGCAUCUUAUUUUCACCCGAGACGGCUCAUCAAUUGUUGGAUUAUAUUACGCCUAUUCAAGUAGGAUAUGGGGCUAUUAUUAUAUCUUUCCUCGGCGCCAUUCACUGGGGUCUCGAGUACGCAGGCUAUGGCGGACACCAUAGCUAUCGUCGUUACAUGAUCGGUGUCAUUGCCCCUGCAGUCGCAUGGCCCACUAUCCUCAUGCCCGUCGAAUACGCACUAAUAUCCCAAUUCACCGCAUUCACGUUCCUAUAUUUUGCGGAUGCGCGAGCAACGGUUCGAGGAUGGUGUCCUCCUUGGUAUAGCACAUAUAGAUUUGUACUGACGUUUGUGGUGGGAGCGGCAAUCGUGGCGAGUUUGGUGGGGAGAGGAAAGAUUGUUAGUCAUGAUAGACAAUUGAAGAGCUCGGUUGAUUAUCUCAAGGAGGAUAGGGAUGGACAGUGGAUAGCCUUAGAACAGGAAGAGAAGAUGAGAAGGGCAAAGUUGGCGGAGGAGGAGAAGGCUGAGGAGGAGCAUGAGGCGACCAAAGAUGAAUCUGGGGAUGAGGAUGAGGAGGAUAGUGAUGUUGAAGAAGAUGAGAAGAAGGACGAGAAGAAAGACGAGAAGAAGGAUGAGAAGAAAGACGACAAGGAUAAGAAAUAA